ACCCUCUCGCAAGUUGUGUACAUUCUAAAGAGGAGAAACGCGAACUGUACGUAUCUUUAAGAAGAAACGUCUUGCACUGGAGGACCUUCAGGUCCACCAUGGGAGAUUAUAUAUUCAACUGCCCCGAAAAGCUAGCCUCUUCCCUCAAUAACUUCCCUUUUGGCUGUUAAACUUGCUGACCAACACCUGUGAAGGAUGGAUAUGCCAUUUAACGUGCCACCAAACAAGAUGCCAGUAGGUUUCUCACUUGAAGACUUCAUUUUCAGUAAACUGUAUAAGUGUAUCCAUCAUGAAGGACAAAAGACUAUGUGUGAAGUUUUUCAAGCAAUGUAUUUACAUACUUUUUCAGAUAAAACAAAAACAGUAAAAGAAUUUGUCAAGAAAAGCAUGGGCUUAAGUUCAGCUCAGUUUAAAACCACAUUUACAAAAUUAGAUAAAGAACAAUUAGAUUUUAAUAUAAUGACAUUAAAAAUGGAUAUAACCAUUUUAUGCAAAUUAGUACUCAAAGGAUUCCCUAAUAUUUAUAAUUUGGAUAGUAACUGCCAGGAUCAGAUCAUUAACCUGAGAAUGCAGAGAAACACUAUAUCCCAUAAAUAUAAGUCUGAUAAGUUAGAUAUAGCUGCUGAAGUUGAUAAGCUCAAAAUAAUAUACAGGAAUAUUUAUGAAGGGGUUGGUGUAGCUUUGGGAAAAGACUUUUCAGAAAAUAUUAGAGAGAGAGAGAAAGCUCUCGAUGAUAUCCGUGAUGCUCAGAUUCGUCAAGAUGACAUGGAAACAUAUAAGGAAGACAUUAAAAAAUUUAAAGAUGACAAUCUACACAAAUUGAUUUGGAAUGGUCGCAAAGAACUUGAAACACUGUGGAUGACUCAUACCUCUGAAUCCUCAUUUAGUAGGAUUAAUGUUGGUAAAAAAUUUUCUCCACUUAAAAUUAAAGAUUUAAAGAAAGAUAUUGCAGUAGAAGAGCUGCUAACAGUGAAAACAGAUCCUUGUGCUGUGAUACUCUUUGGUUUAGCUGGAACUGUCAAGACUUUAUGUCAGUACAUUGUAAGCAACUGGUGUGACCCUGAUAAUAAUAUAAUCACAGACUUAAAGAACUUUGAUUUGGUGUUUCUUGUUGAAGUGCAAACAGUCAAAUCAUGUAGUCUGAAGAGACAUCUUGCUGAGCAGUUAAUCGUGCAGACAAGUAGAGAGUUUGAACUAUCUAAAUUGAUUACAUUUUUGCAAGAACUAAAUAUACUUUUUAUUAUUGAUGGUUUCCAUGAAGCUAAUGAGGUUUCUAAAGAAUUAUUGGGAGAGGUCUUUGAAAAAUUUGGUAAUCAACAUAUAUUAUUAACAACAACUCCUGAUUAUCUCACAAAUGCAAUUUUGUUGUCAAAUGAACAUAAUGUAGAUUAUCUUGCAGUAGAAAUGUUUGGUUUUGAUUGAAUUGGUAAAAAUUUACUAAAUAAGUUUUAACAGCAAUUAGAUAGAUGAAAUGCUGUGCUUAUACAGGUAUUUAACUUUACAUUGUUUUUUAAAUAAGGACAGGAAAAUUAAAGAAUUUGCAGUAAAUUUAUUGAACCAUGCAAGGCCAGCUUGCAAGAUGACAAUAGUAUAUAUAUAUAUAUAUAUAUAUAUAUAUAUAUAUAUAUAUAUAUAUAUAUAUAUAUAUAUAUAUAUAUAUAUAUGAACCAUCGGGUG